AGGGCUUCGGACUGGUGCUACUUGAGCAUUCAGUCUGGUUCUGAACAUGAUGUUGCCGUCCAGAAGUACCUGGAGAUGUCGGCAAAGUACCACAGACUGCAAAGAACCAAGCCACAACCAGUAGGUUGGUGCUCCUGGUACUGCCAUGGACCUCAAGUGGAUGAACUGCUGAUGAUGCAAUCAUUGAAAGAGUUAAAGACAUUGGGCAUGGACAGCGGCGAACUGCCGUUACAACUGUUCCAGCUGGACGAUGGGUGGCAAAGUGCCUGGGGGGAUUGGCUACGACCAAACCCAAAGUUCCCGAAUGGGCUGAAGCCUUUGACCGAUGCAGUGAAGGCGGAUGGCUUGGUGCCUGGCAUUUGGCUGGCACCUGCUGCCCUGACAACAGGUUCGCGUGUGGCGAAGGAGCAUCCAGAGUGGAUCCUCCGUGAUGACCGCGGAGGUGAAGUCUCUUGUGGCUUUACGGCACCAGGGCUAUGGAUGAGAGCCCUGGAUACAACCAUGCCAGAGGUCCUUGAACAUGUGAAGAAAACAAUCCGCACUAUUGUGCACGAAUGGGGGUUUCGCUAUUUAAAGUGUGACUUCCUCCAUUGCGCGGCAAUGCCUGGAAAGCGCUUUCGCCAGGUCAGCCGUGCCAAAGCGUUGCGAAUGUUGAUGGAAGCCAUACGAGAAGCUGCUGGCGACGAUGUUUUUAUUUUAGCUUGUGGUGCUCCAUUGGGCCCCUGUAUUGGGGUGGCGGAUGCAGCACGGAUCUCUGCCGACACAGCGCAUCACUGGUACCCUGUGGGGCCUGACAUUUGGGGUACCAGAUGGUACUUUAAGUCGGAUCGCACCAACUUGCCUGCAGCCAGGAACAUGGUGUGCAGCACCUUGGCACGGCUCCACAUGAAUAGCCGGCUAUGGGUGAACGACCCUGAUUGCCUCAUCAUCCGCAAGGAGGUGGACUUGGCCGAAGCCCAGACGCUUGCGAGCGUCGUGGCGUUUAGCGGUGGAUCCGUUAUCUUCUCAGACGAUUUGAAGAGUUUACCCAAGGAUCGGCUGGAGAUUCUCAAGGCUUUGCUUCCACCAAUGGAAAUACCUGCAGCAGAGGUGCACUUCACCCACGAAGAGAUUCCUUCCAAGGUGGUGACGCGCCUGACUGCUGCAGUUGGAUCCUGGAGGUUGUGUGGCCUUUUUGCGUGGCAAGGUGGUGAGGUCCAAUUGGCUAUGGACCAGGAGUACCACGCCUUUGAAUUUUGGAGCCACACCUAUCAGAGAUGCAGAGCAGGCGAGGUGUUGUCCACUGGCGAGUUAAAGCCUCGCACGGGUCACCUUUACGCACUUCGGCCUCUGGAGCCAGACAAGGCUCAAUACCUGGGUUCCAACAUCCAUGCAUCGUGCGGUUUUGAAGUGUGCAAUUGGGAAGAGGCUGACCAAAGCGUGUGUUUCUCUUUACAUGUGAAGAGACUGGUAGCUGCGCCAGAGGUGUGGAUCUUUUUGCCGAAAGCCUCCAAGCCGCGCCUUGAAGGGACCAGCUUGGAGGCAGUUGAGGUGCAUCCGCAGGUGUGGCAUUUCGCACUUCCACCUUUACACGCAGCAGGAUCUACCUUGCGGAUCGAUUGGUAGCUGCUGCAGAAAA